UCAGAAACUAUUUUAAGCAAAUAAAUAAAAAGUUAUUAUUAUAUAUAAAAAAAAGUAGGUCAGCGCAUUUCGGUGGUGGAUGUCCCUUCGGGUCACGGACAGGAUAGAGUAAUUUUACUGUACUCGAUUAGAAUGCAAUGAUUGCAUUCGAUAAAAAACGAUUCUGAGCGGACGAGGGAAUCCUUUUUAUUUAAUUUUAUUAAUUUCUAUGGUGAUAUACAAAGCGUUUUAAGAACAGAUUAAGAACGAUUUAUAUAAAUAGGUAAUUUAUAUAAUUAUAAUUAGGAAAUAUCAUAAAAAUAUAAAAGAAAAGAAAAAGCUCAAAAGUCGCUCAAAUGUUUUGAAAAUUGUACCGUGUCUAGGUAAGGCUAAUAUAAGUAAACAACCCAAAUUUCAAGUUUUUACAAAUGUUUUUAACCUAAUUACAACAAAAAAACUACCAAAAUUAAAAUGUCUAUAAAUAGUUUAAAAAUGGCUAAAAUUUUCUGAACUUUAAACCGUAAGGAACAAAAUCCAAAAUACAACAAAAAAAUAUCUCUUAUCAUAUUUCAUUUGAAGCAAUAUUUCUGGUAGAAAACGUCGUCCGUAAUUAUUUAAUAUUAUAAAAUCAUGAAAUCGUACGUUUUUUCUCCUUUAACCGCUUUUAUUUCGAGUAGCGUUUCAAAAAUCGAAAAAGUACCAGCUCAAGAACAUUACCUUUCAGAAAAGAUGCUGAACUUGAUACUUUUGAGCAAGUUUAGAGGGAGAAAAAGUGUUUACAGAAUAAAAAAGAAAAAGAAAUAAACAUCAUUGUAAAACCAUUACAUUCCUCGCUCCGCUCAGAAUCUAAAAAACUACUUCGUUUUGUGCAAGAACCAGUAAAGUCCGUAUGUUAAAUACAGAGAUAUCAUAUAAAUGGAGAUGACUUGUUGUUACACAAAAAAUAUUUAAUUUAUUACGAGUAUGUGUAUAUUUCAUUCUUAUACUAUACAAUAUAUAAUAAUAUGUAUAUCAUAAAUAAAAUUAAUCUAAAAUACAAUGUCCACUUUGACCGCCGGUUUAAUACUUCUAUUAUUAUCAUUCAUUAUUUCUUAACAGUAUUAUCAUAUUAUAUAAUUUAUUCAUUCUUAACACAACUUUUCUUAGAUAAAUAAAUAAUUUCACUUCAAUCUUUAAGUUUCUUAUUAAUUUUUUUUAAAUUAUCUAGACUUAAAACUUCCUUAGUAACAAAACAAUUUUAUAAAAUAUGAAUAACUUCAUAAGCUUUUAAAAAUAAAUAAAUAAAUCGUAAAUAAAACCUUUUUUCAUAAUUCAUAGUAACAUAAGCAAUUGAGACCAAUAGAUGAAUUGUCACCAUAGCAACGAAAAUGGCAACUGUUUUUACCACUAGUGGUUUAUCAGUUGAUAAUUUAUAUUAUAAUAACAAUGAAUAAAUCCACGUCAUAUUACCAGCUGUUUAUUUCUUUAAGACACAAUAAUAAGACAUUAUCACUUUAUCCGCUAUGGCUGCUUAUUUGUACACUUUUUCCCUACAUUUUUAAUUCAAGGUUAAAAUGAGUAUACCUCAUACCAAGCUGGUGACUUUAACUAGUCAUAUUUCGAAGCACUUGUAGGGUACAUUGCGUGUACAUUGCAUGUACAUUGCGCGUCUUCCGAUAAUUUAACAGACAGAUUAAAGUUUUCCAUUUAGUACGUAUAAUAAAUAUAAAAGUCCCGUUCGUUACUAGACUGUUCACUAUCGAGUGUAAUAAAUACUUUAGUUACACGAUGAAAAUACGGUUUAAUCACGUGAUUUCGGUCAUCGUUGCUAUCGUUUUCGUUGUCACUUCGGCAAACGCUAAAAAUUCCCCACAGAAUCCGAUGGCAAGGAAUCAGUCGAUUCCAGCCAAACACAGUGUGAGAAGGUCGUCGAAUAAGACACAUUUUCCUGUAUCUCAUAUCGUGGCCCCAGACCAUAAGUCCUCGUCCGCCAUCAAUGCAAAGAUCAUUUUGGUCACGUCUACGAAGAGUACCAGUACGGUAAGGUCUACAUCCGUAAACACCAUCGCGACGACAAAUAUCAAGUUAUUCGCUCCGGCCAACAAUAACAAGGAGACAUUGCUUGUCAAGGGAACGGCCAACAACGCCACCGCAAAGACGUCUAUUGAGGGUACGGCCGCCGCACAGGCGGUGAAAAUCUCCAACGUAGAAAAGGUAACCUCAAACCAGAUGGACGAAAAUCGAAUUUCAAUCAAAAAACAAAACCAUAAAAAUCGAAAAUUACUCAUCAAACCUGUAAGCAGACAAUGUAGGGAGGGAUACAUUAUAACGUCUACUGGAGAUUGUAAACCAAUAUUUCAAGACGAAUAAGAUUGACGCAGUCUCAAUGCCAACGAAUUCCGGACUUAUAAUAAUAUACGGGAUGGUUCGCAAAGCAAGUGCACCACAUUUUUUACUUCAAUAUUGCAGUUUUUCAAAAUCUGAUUUUUAGAAUUUUUUAAUGUACUCAAAGCCCAUAUUUUCAAAUUCUUGUGAUUUUUUGUAUCACUUAAGAAUUUUCAUUUGGAGGUACAAACUAGAACCUCCCUUUUCUAACGUAAAUAAAUUAGUGAAUAAUUUUUCCAAACAUUUUGAUAUAUUAAUUCAAAUUUGAACGAGUAGUUUUCGAUAUAUUUAACUUUGUGUAGGUACUAAGGAUAAUAAUAUUAUGUCCAUAUGAUAAAGGGUUGAAAGAUAUUGGGCUAUGGUAAAUUAACAUUUUAGUGAUUAAUACCUAUUAAUCAGCUAUCAAGAUUAAUUAUUUGUUAACAAUUUUCCAAGUAUAAUAAACAUUGGAUCCAAUAUAAUAUACAUUUUAUAUUUUUGUAAACAGUUUUUUUAGGACUAUUAUCUUUAGUAUAUACAUUUUAAUAAUUAUAUUAAAUAAGUUCAACUCGUUCAAGUUUCAAAUUAUAGAAACUAAGUGAAAAGAGGAGUUCUCAAUUUAUUAAAAAAACAGAAGUUUGUGUCAAUACACGAAAUUCUUUAAGUAAUAGGUACAAACAAAUUCAAUAAUUUGAAAAACUGGGUGUGAUUAAAUAUGAUUAUUUUUGUAUACCUAUUUCAUUAUAUUUUAAAAUGAUUACUUUUUAUAUGUAUUUAAUAUGUUAUAUAUUUAUAUGUCAUAUUUUUCAUUGCAGUAUAUAUUUUCUACAUUUGCAAUUAAAUAAAUGUGUUAUGUGUUAAGACAAUUUUAAUUUUUUUUUGGUGGGAUGGAGUUGCCAGUUCAUAACCUUGGCUGCGGGUGGCAUUUUUCUUCGGGCAAGUCAUGGUGUCCGGAGAGAAGUGCCGCCAUCUCCCACCCAGACAUGGUAGAUACCUACGGGUGCCCAAUAAAAAAUCUGCCAAACCGAAAACACACGUGUUUUCUAAACCUACAAUUUUCUACCCUACAAAAACAAAAACAGACUUUACGAUCAUUAAAAAAAAAAAAUUUAUUUUAAACAAUAAAUAUUAUAUUUUUAUUUGAUUUAUUCAUCAAAAAAAUAAUGGGUCUCACUAGACAUGUUAGAGUUGGGUCCUAUUCGUUUACAAUUUUAAAUAUAUAUGCACUGAACAGUUAAUACAAUUAAAAAUAACUACAAAACAUUUUUCUCACAUUCCUAUAAAAUAUCAAUAUAAAUAAAUACAUAUUUUAUCUGUAUGAACGUGCAUCAAUAAACAUAAUAUUAUAAUAAAAUGCAAAUCGUGUGUUAUUUUGUC